AUGUCAAAAAUGGUGCAGAAUUUCCUUUCGACCGAUGGGAUCCCCUUACCGUCCAGCCCGACAGGAGGCGGGGCUGUUUUCACGACAGACAGCGCCAGCGCCUCCAGCAAAUCGCCAACUCUCCGUUCGUCGACGUCUCGGAGUGGGCCUCCACAAGGGACUGCUUCACCCGGGUCCUCGCCGCAGAGAAGACAACUUUCACCAUCGACUGCUGUAGGUGAUCCGAGUCCAGCGAUGAUUCAAUCUGCAGGUGCAGGUCCUUUGGAUCAUAGUGUGAGCGCGAUCGCAGCUGCAGAAAGUAAUGUGAGUCGCACUGCCAGUACCAGAACCAGUACAGGCGCACUCCUGCCAACCACGGUAGUUGUACCGAGCUCGGAGAUGACAACAAGCAAGCUGACAAGGAAUCCACUAGCGGGGGCUGGUCAACAGACGCCGGCUUUCCCGACAAUUACAACAGGCACUCUAGAAAGCGUAUCGGCGAAGCACCACCCUCCUACCACACAAGAACUGUCUUCAGCUGCCUUAAGCGGCGAUCGAGUUCUUGUCGAUUCAGCAGCUUCCACGAGUGAAAAACCCCCGACGACGGCAACCGCAAGAGCCACCCUGUCUGCGAGUUCCGGGAGAACUUCCGCCGCCGCGCCGCAACGGUUCAGCGCGGUGAUUGACGUGCUCUUCGCGAAGCAUGUGGCGCUUCUUUCGUUGCUCGACUGGGAGCAAAUGUCCCUCCUCAACCACGAGUUCGUGCAGAAAAGCAAGAAGCAGAAAUGGCUGGGAAUCAUCGUUCUGCGGGGCCUCGUGCUACCCCGGGACCGACCGCGGCUGUGGCUCCGCGCCGCGCGCACCGGCAGACUGGUCGAGCAAAUGCGCUCCCGGCUGGUGUUGGAAGACGCGAAAAGCGGGGAAGAUCAACCAGAUGGUACUAGCACGAGUGGCAUAGAAGUAGUACCAGCAGAGACGAAGAGAAAAGCCUCCUUCAACGCCGCGGACUACGGGGUCCUGACCCCGAAGAUGAGCAAGAGCAGCAGCGGAAACAAGACGCCCGCGAAUUCUACUAGUGUUAUGAAAACAGCAGCCACGUCUACUACUAGUAGUGCUGCGGAACAAGACGCGUCUGCGACUGUGUGUUUCUCGCCCGCGGCGCGGACUCCGUCUAGAUUAACCGCCGCACUCUCGCCGAUAUCGGUUAGAAAAGCAGCUUCUCCGCUGUCUGCCCUCACGCGCACUCAGAUUUUCGAGAUCCUCCAGCAGCAAGAACUUCCCGAGCACAAGGAAACCGAGAUCGCCCGGGACGUGUGCAGGACCUUUCCCUAUUUGGAGGAUUUCAGCGCGCCGGAGAGAAAAGGCCGCGUCUUGCUGCACAAAGUGCUCCGCGCCGCCUCCUAUGCAAUAUAAAUUUAAGUAAUAUUCCCGUACAUGUACAAAAUGCAUCACAAACUUCACCAAUUUGGAGUGUGACACUUAUCAUGCUAAGUUAGGGUCGAAGCCAAGUUUUGUCAUGCAGAGACCGCAAAUCUGUACUUCGUGUGCGGGAAAUUUACUGGGGAUACCUCCACCGCGCAUCCGGAAAUCGGGUACUGCCAGGGCAUGAACUUUGUCGGGGGGGUUUUGCUCAUCCACCUGCAGUUCGACCCCUCGGCUUGUUUCUGGGUCCUCCUCGCGCUCAUCGACCACUACGACUACUACAAUUUGUUCAGCCCCAACGUCCCCCUGCUCGCCUACAAAUCCUACCAGUUCACGCAAAUUGUCGGGGAGCAGCGGCACGCGCGGUUGCAGCGGCAGUUGAACAAGUACGGUUUCAGUUUGGACCUCUUCUCGCAUCAGUGGAUCAUGACCUUGUUCUCCUACGUCGUCGAUCCGCUGGUCUGCGGUUUCUUCUGGGACGCCUUUCUUCUGCGCGGCUGGGCGGCGCUGUUUGCGAUCGGGUCCGGGCUGCUCCGGUUGCUCAAGAAGCCCGUCGAACAGGUCACCAGUUUGGAGGAGCUGUCGCGGGUGAUGCACUCGCAGAAAUCGAGGGUCCGGGAUAUGACUUGCUCAAACGUUACAAUCUCAAACGUUACAAUAAAAUCUGGAAGUUGUGUUGCAUGAUGAGCAUGACAGACUCGCACAGCGUUCUACCUUUUGCAAUACAACUUCCGCCAGAUUAUAUUGGGGUUUGGGGCUCCGGAACUUGUAAAGCGCAAUCCUAUGAGAGUUGGCUAGAUCAUGCACUCUUGCAUCACAGAUUUCCAUAUUCUAUUGUAACGUUUGAGAUUGUAACACCUGGGCGGGUUAUACGGGACUUUCUGGCGAAGUGCGUUCGCAGGGACAUGCUGCUGUCGCAGCAGCAGUGGCUGGAGGGGACGAGUGGCGGGGGCAGUAGAAAAAAAGCACAACACGACACAAUAAAAGACGAGACUAACAAGAACCUUUCCUCUAGAAGUACCGCUGGUGGUGCCACUGGUAAAGACCACACGACGAACAGCAUAGAAUAUUCCAAGCUAGUCGAGGAACUUUCCGUAUCGACCUCGAAAACGGGCGACGACCUCGCUACUGGCGGCGCGUUUUCUGGACUGGAGGGAAGCGAAGAGGAGGAGGAAACGCAUGAAAAGCAAGAGAAACGUCGGGAAAACGACGACCGAUUUUCCUCCCCUGCCAGCAGCAGGAACGGGCGACAACCGAGACUGGAAAACCCGUUUUUGACCGCGAGCUCCAGCAUGAACGGCACGAAAAGUGAUAGAAGUGCCACUGUAGUUACUACCUUUGCCAGCGGGACAAGCAGCAGUAGCCAUAGCAACGAGCGAAGUUCGAACUUGGCUCGCGAGGUCGAGCGGGUGGAAGUGACGCCGGAGCAGGUAUGGAUUGCAAAUAUGUCUGGGUCUGGAAGAAUACAAACUUGUGAUGCGCAUUUCAGAAGACAGAAAAAUCUCUUAUGCAUAGGUAGCAAAAGCUGCCCACUUUCUGCCAGCAAAAUGGGGGAUUUGUCAUGCGAAUUCGGCACCGCGGAAGGUUCUCGAAACCUGUGAUGCUAGAUCUUCCAUGCCAGACCUUCUGUGUCAUACAAAAACAGGAUGAAUCUUCCAGACCCAGACAUUUUUGCAUUUGAUAGCAUGUGGUUUUUGUCAACUCCUCGUCCGUAUGCAAUGCAAAAGCAUCGUACUAGUCUAAAUUGCAUGACAAAGUAGCCCAGCAUUACAUUAUUGAAUUUGUAAUGCUGAUUCACCUUGAGAAAGAGAUCUGUAAAUGCAUGAAUGCCAUUACUACGAAUACGAUACUUUUGCACAGGAUAGUCCGCGCCAGAGGACAGCAGCGCCGUGCAGAUCACCACGCUGGAUUUUUUGCAAGACGAAACGAUGGUGAGGCGGGUGCAGAUGGUCGUGGCGCAGCACCUGUACGAUCACGGGUUGGAAGUGGACCUCCCAAAGUUGCGGCUAGUCGCGAGGAAAUUUCUCGUGCAAAGAUUCUACGCCGUGCUGAACGGCUUUUCGAUGGUGGAACACAAAAUACGAGUGCCUGUCGCACCGAGAAGGAGUGGAACACCUCAAAGCAGUGGCGCUAAGGGCGUGCACGAGAAGGAGGAGAAGAGCAAAUCAACAGAUGGGAACUCGUUUUCGUCGCAGGAAAGCACCGGAAAAAUCGCUGCAUCCCUGGAGAAGGAAGCUUCACUACCGAAAGCAGUAGAGACGAAGAAUGCAGAAGCCACAGUUACAACAGCAGAUCAUGAAAGUCAGACCAGUAAAAAAACGAUCAGUAAGAACAGCGCCGGAUAUAGUAGAGAUGAAUCAGCGCCGAGCACCCCACCGUCCGCAAAUGCAACUACAGCGAAGGAAAAUUAUAGCACACCUUCUGAGCAGCCGCCAGCGACCCCGCAAUUUACGAUAUCCUCGAAAUGGGAGCCGCGAUUUGAGGUUCUCCCCGAGGGCUUCGACUACACUGACAAGAUGCUGCGGGUGGACAUGCGGCAUUUUGAGUGCUCGGACCAGGCCGGCGCGCCCGGCUCGCCGGUGUUCAAAGCGCGACGGCUGCGGAGGCCGCCUGUGAAGCUGGAGGACGUGCAGCGGCAGAGCAAGAACGUUGCCAACAAAACCCCGGAGGAGGUCGCCGCGCUGAAGCUGAUCCCGGGGAAAGACUUUUUCGAAAAAAUAGAACCGGACGACGCGGACAUGAACGCGACGGCCAGCGGGUGUGGCGGAUUCACGUCGUUGCACAACCUCCUGACCAACCGCUACGUGCUCUUCCGGGUCGCCGACUUGCUCUCCUGUAAGCAGUACCUGCAGAAACUGCAGCAGCAGGUGGAGCAGGACGCGAUCGUGCUGCAGACCCGGUUGACCAGUAUCUCGCACGAACUGGCGACCCGGCAGAAACAGGUCAGGGACUUGCGGGUUGAGUUUUACCAGACGGAAAAGGAUUCGGCGCAAAAGCAACGCGAGCGGGAGGUGGACGAGCUGCUGGAUAUCUGCAAGGUUCUGUCCUCGACCUCCGAAGGUUCCUCUUCACAAAGAAAUAGCAACCCUCCAAAAGAAGAACCCACUUCCACCUCAACUUCUUCACAGCAAACGCCGAACAGCAGACCCGCAGUUCCAAAUAAGAUACCCGCCGUCUCUCCGCUGCUCGAGCGGCAUCAGGUGUUGCAGGAGUCGGUUACGCUCGCGACCCAGCGGGAACGGGUCACGAAGGAAAAGUACGACCAACAGUUGUCGAAAGCGCAGCCUUUGUGGGACGAGAUCAGCGAGCUUGAGGACCAGAAGCAGCGCUUUAUGCGCGACUUGAGCGCCAUUCUGGACGACGCAGACGCGGAGCGGGAGGCGCUGCUGUCCGAGCUCUGGGACAGGUUUGGGGUCGUCAAGAAUUUGAUAAAAGGAUGAAGGAUUUCAUCGUGGUCGAUGAAUUUAUUCCGAAGAUGUGAAUAUACUUCUAGAAGUAGAAGGUGGCACUGGUUGCGCAUCAGUUGUCAUUGAUGGUUGCAGGCUUAGACUGCCAUUGUCGGUGAAACAAAUUGCAGACGCAGAUAGUACACACGGAAAAACAAGGGUCUUUGUUUAUCGCG